UUGGUAGUUGCCUGUUUUUUUUGUUGGCUGUUUACUGGAAAGAUCUUUCGUGAUUAGUUGUGAAGCAAUGCAGUGGAUUACCGGUAGUUUAGUGGAGGGAAAUGAUUUGAGAUGGUUUGUGAGAAUGAAUCUUUUAAAGGAGCAUAUAAUGUUAUUGUUGAAAUAGAGACAAAGAAGAGGAAAUGCAUUUGACAUGCAUGUUUUUAGGAAUUAUCUAUUGGUAAUCUGACAAACCUGCAGUUUGAUCUUCCUUUCGUAUCAUAGAGAAACUCCUAACCCUUUGUUUUUUUAUCAGUGUUAUUAGAAAACAAUCACACAUGGCUGCAGUGACUUAUUAUUAGCCCAUAUCUACUGCAGCUUUAGGGUCAGCUUUCCAGAAGACCUUGUGUUGCCAUUGAUUUUAUCCAUUAGCUGCAGAUGAUGUCUCUCCUGUUUUUAGGUUGUCAUGUGACCUUGGCUUGAUAACAUAUUUAAAACCUGCCUCCAGAGGGGGAACAGUGUGUUGUGUAGUGAAACACUGAGUACCAGUGGUCAUAAGUGUUUUUUUUCUUUUAUAAGAUUAGAAUAAAGCCUGACAUUUCAAGUUGGUUUAGCUCAAAGUAUUUGUGUUCUCCCGCAGGGCAGGAUGCAGUCUUCAAACCACCGACUACGUGAUAUGGAGCAGCACCACCCGCUGCUUUCAGCUGGUGCAGAUGUAGAGACAGGCAUCCUGGGAGCCGGCGUGAUGGUUGGAGGUCCAAACUCCGGCCACACAGUAGGGAACCGCACUGUCUGGUUCAUUCAGGACAGCUGCGGGAUGGUGUGCGCCACCAUGACCUGGUUCCUGGUCCUAUACGCUGAGUUUGUGGUGAAUUUCGUCAUGCUUCUGCCUGCCAAGAACUUCUGGUACUCGCUGCUGAACGGGGCCACCUUCAACUCCCUGGCUGUACUUGCACUGGCAUCACACCUGCGCACCAUGUUGACCGACCCAGGUGCAGUUCCUAAGGGCAAUGCUACCAAGGAGUACAUGGAGAGUUUACAGCUUAAGCCUGGUGAAGUCAUCUACAAGUGCCCAAAGUGUUGCAGCAUCAAACCUGAAAGAGCACACCACUGCAGUAUUUGUAAACGAUGCAUUCGGAAGAUGGAUCAUCACUGUCCCUGGGUCAAUAACUGUGUGGGAGAGAAGAAUCAGAGAUUCUUUGUUCUUUUUACUAUGUACAUAGCAUUGAUUUCAGCCCAUGCUCUGGGCCUGAGUGGAAUGCAUUUCUUCACAUGUAUUAAGGUGCAGUGGAACGAGUGCAGUGACUUCUCACCAGGGGUGUCUGUUCUGCUGCUGAUCUUCCUCUGUCUUGAGGCCAUCCUCUUCCUAACUUUUACGGCCGUGAUGUUUGGCACACAGAUUCACUCUAUCUGCAACGAUGAGACGGAGAUUGAGCGUCUCAAAAACGAGAAGCCAACAUGGGAGCGUCACAUGAGAUGGGAUGGAAUGAAAUCUGUCUUUGGGGGUCCGCCGUCACUUCUGUGGUGCAACCCAUUCACAGGCCUCCAUCUGCGCCGUCUGUUGGCGGGGACCCAGGGUCGCCGUGGCGGCUCAGAGUUUUCCGUCUGACGGUCUGGCCAGACAGAUUUCUUAUCGGUCCCCCCUGUGAGGACUACGGUGGACCUUCAAUUCCUCAGCCUGCCCUUUGAAGGGAACGAUACACAGGCUGCUGCAGCGGGACCACGAACAUCACAGCUGGCUGUAUAACACUCAACACUGUGUUAAUUUGCACUUGUGUUCUCAUAAUUGGGCUGUUUUUUCUUGAGCAGCAUUUCGAUUUGCUUGUGUGAAUUUUUUAUCUCACGUACUACAGCAGUCAAGUCAGGUCUGUAUCCAGGAACCAUCCAAACGAGUGUUGGAGAUGCACUUGUGUUUCUACAGCAUAUCAUUUAUCAACUCUGCAGUCGGGGAAAAGGAUCACAAGUGGGAGAAAUGCUCAGUACUCAUCUGGAUCCAGACAUGGAAAUCCCAGUUCAGGAUAUGCACUACUUCCUUUAUAACAGCCAUGUGUGUGCAGAGCACAAUAACUUUGAACUAUGUGCUCAGACAUGCAUGAACAACAGACACAUCUGCCAGCCUGGAAGUGGCAGCCUUUUAAAGACACCGGCCAUUGUAAACACAAGCCUUAUUCUUAGACAAGAGGACCAAAUGGCUUUUCUCAUCAGUUCGUCCUCUUCUUGUGUUUUUUUUUUUUUUUUUUAGUCUUUGAUAUUUUUGUUGUUACGUGAACCUGUAAAGAUAUUCUUCUAUUUUUAAGUGACUGCUGAAGCCUUAUCACCAAGACCACUCCUCAACAGCUAUCCUACGUGCUCAUUUGGAUAAGGAAGUCAUUCUCCGUGUCCAUAGCUUUGCCAUUCAUCCCUGCUUACAUGCUGCCUAACAUCUUAGGAGCCUUUCUGAAACGAUAGAUUACUGAUACGUCUCCCUAAUUCAGGCUGUAGAUUGAAUGUAACUUUUAAUGGUUUUCUAUUUGUGUUUAUCUUCAUGCUGUUAGAUGGAGGAAUAGAUCCAGAAACAUGGAGAGAUUGCAUUCAAACACUGAAACCUCACAAGCUGCUCAGAGCCAGAAUAGACAUGAUCAGUUUGCAUGCUGCUAAGCAACUAUGUGGUGCACCCUCUUGUUAAAGAAGACUGCACCAUAGUACAUCACUGGACUACAGAGCAACGCUUUUUUUCUCUUUGUAAAGUUGGUACAGACAGGAAGUCGUUUAAUUAUAAAAGCAUUAAGUCUGAACUGUGUUUGGGGGAAUUGCCUUUUUUCCCCCCCCUCUCCAUAGGUUUAACCCCAGCAAUAUCUGCCAGCAGGGCAGGAAGUGAUCAUGUUCAGGUGUUGCAUCAGAGCACUUAGGCUGUUAAAGUGAUCCAUUAUAUUUAUGACGCUCACCUUAACAGAAGUGAUAUGCCAGUAAGCACUUGAAACGGUUGCGUCUUGAAUAUAAGUUAGGGUUUAGUCUAAGAGGCUGAAAGUGCUUAAAUGAAACCUUUUCAGUCUGAUAUUCCCAGCUAAACGAUUUAGUGCUAUUUGUUCUCAUCUGUGGUGAUCAAGAGAAAUAUCUUCGCUGUUUACACUAUUGAUUAAAAUCUCAAAGAAUAUUGUGUAUUUCUAUGUUUUUUAAUAGGAAAUUGCUGUCAAAAGAAUGUAAGAUUCAUCUACUUUUGGAGCAGGGGACAAAGCACUGAUCGUAUAACAAUAUUGGGGGUGGGGGUGGGGGGGUAUCGUAAUGCUGGCCUCAUUUAUCCAGUUUUGUAGCUGCUCUGUAUUAAAUUUAUCAAAUUUGGCAUACGGGUUUACAUUUAGAAUUGUUGAAGACAAAAAUUAAAUGCUGUUGACAUAUAUAGCUGAAGGACAGAUUGAUAAGAUCUGAACAGCAAUCAGAAAAUCUGCUGUAUUUGACCAAUGCAUAAAUCGGUUACUAAGCAACACAAUAGUUGUUUAUGAAAUACAUCCAGAUGCAAAAA